GUCGAAUCCCAAACUGGUUUUGCAAAAGCUUCCGACUUCAAGGCCAAGGUGGAAGCCUACGUAAAUUUUGGUUUAACUGGAAUUCGAUAAAGAUGUAUCCCGCACGGAUUAGAACCGUUUGCGGGUUUGAGCCGGAUCAGCACCAGAAGUAAAUCGAGCAAAGGACUUAAAUAUCCAAUACGUCGCAUCACAGCCUCUCCCUCCCUCCCUCUCAGUCUGUCUCUACGGUGAGCUUCUGCCUCUUGCCCAUCCCAGGAACUCGUCGACCAUCGUUUGGUAAGUGAUCACCUUAGCUUUGGCGAGCAAUUGGACGUAUCAGUCGUUGACGGAAAUGCUGCAGGCACUUACUGUACCUGGAGCAUGUGUACCUUUUGAUCAGAGAACCGUUUUUCAAAAACAUCAAUCUCCCAUUCUGCGGAGAGUAACAGCUAGCUCAACAGGCAAAGAUGGAGAGAAAUUGGAGUAUACACCAUGGCUUGUUGUUGGACUAGGAAACCCAGGGAACAAAUAUCACGGCACCAGACACAAUGUUGGGUUCGAAAUGAUUGAUCGUAUUUCGAAAGAGGAAGGCAUUAUCAUGAAUACGAUACAGUCAAAAGCCUUAAUAGGCAUAGGUUCCAUUGGGGAGGUUCCAGUUCUACUUGCAAAGCCUCAAACCUACAUGAACUUUAGUGGAGAAUCCGUGGGACCUCUUGCAGCAUACUAUCAAGUACCAAUGCGCCAUAUCCUGGUGGUCUAUGAUGAGAUGAGUUUACCAAAUGGUGUCAUGAGGCUCCAACCAAAAGGAGGACAUGGACAUCAUAAUGGAAUGAAGAGCGUAAUGGAGCAUUUGGAUGGUUGCCGUCAAUUUCCUAGGUUAUGUAUAGGCGUUGGAAACCCACCAGGGACCAUGGAUGUGAAAGCAUUUCUUCUUCAGAAGUUCGGUGCAGAAGAGCGAGAACAGGUGGAUGAAGCCAUCAAACAAGGAGCAGCAGCUGUGAGAAUCCUGAUUUUGAGAGGUUUUGAUGACAGUAUUGAUAGAUUCAAUCUUGUUCAGAAGUACAAAUAUCACAAAGUAUGAAGGAGAAGAGGUUGCCUUCUUGUUGAGGAAGGGUUAUUUGUAAAUUAUGCAGAGUCACCCUUUCGAGUUGCUUAUGCAAUAUCAAGGUCCUGUGCUUCUAUGGGGCGGAGGAGAGUGCAUUCUCCGCUUGCCGCUUGUUUCUUGGGUCCACACUUCUUUUUGUGUUGCAUGCAUAGUUGGCAAACUCACCGGGCUGGCUUGGGAAUCGCCCGAGUCAGCUCGGAUUGCCAACAAAUCCAGCCACAAGUCAAGGUUUGACCCGAUUUGCCCCUCUCGCUAACUCAGUCAACCAGACCCUUUUUUAGUGGGGCACGGUUGUUCAACUUGAGUGCCAAUUGUUUUUCGCA